AUGUUCAAUUCGCCAAUAUUAUCUCGUUCCAAUAAGCAACAGCCAUCGGUUAAUAUGAUGACUACAAAACAUAUGCUUGAUGAGAAAUCAAAAACAAUUGAACAAUUAAAAACUAUUAUUGAGGAAUUAACGUUACGACACGAACGAAAAGAACGUGAACUACUUAAACGUAUUGGAAUAUUAUUUAAUGAACUACAACAGAAUAAAAAGAAAAUGGCUCAUCUUAUUUAUAAAAAUCAACAACAGAAAAAGAUUCAUAGCGAUACAAAGUCAUUACAAAAUUUUUCAACUCAAACAGAUGAAAAUAAUUUGCCAUUAAUAUGUUUGAAUUGCUCAAGUCAACUAUUAGAUACAUCUCAAUGCCAUGAUGAAAGUAUCACUCAACUUCUCAGUCAAUUACAAUUACAUUCACAAAAUAAAAUGCAAGAACAGCAACCAAAAUAUUAUACAUUGCAACCAGAAGAAGAUGUUGAAUAUAUAUCUGCAACACUUCAACCAACUUUUAAUCAGUCAUUAUCAUCACCCGCUCUAUCGACAACCGAUAGAUCUUCAACACGAUCAUCUUAUUCUCGUCAUCAUUGUUCAAUCUCAACAACAAAACACAAUGAAAGCAGUUCAAGUGCAUAUAAUACAGCUGAAAGUUUGCCAAGCAGCACAUAUUCAGAUGAGAUUGAAUCACUUGAACGUGUUUUAAAUGCUGCUUCGACAAUGUAUACGACGCAUGAUAAUCUUCAACAUACCAUUAAAUUACAAGAAGAGUUAUUUCGACAACAUUUACGUUUACGCGGUAUUACUAUUGAAGACGAUGAUACUAAAGAGCGUGAAUCAUCAUCAAGUGAACAUUUAUAUGACAAUAUUGAUGGUGAAACAAGUGAUAUAGAAAAAAAGUCUUCAGUUUCUUCUAGAAAUCGUAUAAUAUUAAAUCGUCAAAAACAGUCACAUCAUAACAUUAUUCUUAGUACAGAUGAUGAUGAACAACAACAACAGCAAACACAAGAAAAAAUUAAAUCAUCUAAACAAGCUAAAGUUCGAUUUAUUGAUCAAUAUCAUCCAAUUGGUAAACGUAAGCAUUUGAAACCAUCAUCACGAACAAAUCUUAUUGUUAAAUCAACAAAUACGAAACGAUAUUAUUCAAAUACAACGUCGAAAAAUCUACAAUUGCCGUUAUCAUCAAAUAUGUUAACUGUAACUAUUACUUAA